GUGAGGACGCUCGCCAGAGGAACCGCUCCGCGUUCCGUUCCGUUCCGUUAUUCGACUCGGAGACCUCGCACGGGGCCUACCGCUCACCCACACUUCUGCAAGCGCACACGCACACACACACACACACACACACACACACACUCGUACGGGCAGCACUCGUGCCGCGAUUUCAACGCCAAAUUAUCGAGUCUGCGCCAACAUCCAGCGGAUGGCAAGUGCGAAUCUUAAAGUGGCCAACUGGCAGUCCUAGACCAGGCCAAGAACCACUGCCACCGGUUUUUGUCGCCCCUGCUCCGGCGGUCAUGUGAACAGCCGCCACCAUGCGGCGCUAACCCGAUCCCAUUUCCAUUCUCAAUCCGGGUUCAAAUCGCGACUUCGCGGGUGUGCCAAAAAUCUGAAGUCAGACAAAAAGUGCUCUGAAGUGGUGACCCCAAACAAAUGUGUCGCACCAACAGCUGGAGUGGCAGCAACGGUAACUGCUGCUCUUUAUAGUGCAACAUCGGGUUUUUUCCCAGCUCCCAGAACAGUCCGCUAAAAGCCAACAGAGCGAGCAUAACGGCCACAAAUAUGGCUUUGCAGCAGCGCCAUCAGCAACAUCAGCAACACCAGCAACACCAGCAACAGCAGCAUCAGCAGCAGCACAUCAAGUGGCAGCAACAUGCAACAAAGCGACGACGCUGCCGUCAGCAUUGGAUUAAACAUCUUCAGCUCCUGGGCCUCCUGGCUGUCAUCGUCCUGGCCAGCGCCCCCGUCCCCAGCCACGCCCAGCAGCAGAAGUUCCGAACCACGCCGCACGACCUCCAGGUCCUGGAAGGAGCCGAGGCCAUGAUGCGUUGCGAGGUGGCCAACGUGGCCGGCGCCGUCCAGUGGACGAAGGACGGCUUUGCGCUGGGCUUCUCGGCGGUCAUUCCCGGCUUCCCGCGCUACUCCGUGCUGGGCGACCGGAAGCAGGGCAUCUACAACCUGCGCAUCUCGAACGCCUCCAUCAACGACGACGCCGACUACCAGUGCCAGGUGGGACCGGCGCGGCUCAACAGCGCCAUCCGAGCCAAUGCCAAACUGACCGUCAUAUCUCCGCCAGCCUCGAUCGAGAUCAAAGGUUACAGCCACAACUCCAAGGUGGAGGUGCGAGAGAACCAGGACCUGCAGCUCAAGUGCAUCGUGGCCAAUGCUAAGCCGGCGGCUCAAAUCGUCUGGUAUCGCGGCAACGUGGAGUACAAACCAGAAAAACGCGAGGACACCGUGGAGGAGUCGACGGCCAAGCGGUUCACGACCACGUCGAGCCUGAAACUGAAGCCAGGUCCAGAUGACGACUACACGGAGUACACGUGCCAGGCGAGGCACAAGGCCCUCUCGCCGGACAUGCCCAUGCGGGCCACCGUCCAACUGUCCGUGUUGUACCCCCCCGGACCGCCCUACAUCGAAGGAUACUCCCCGGGCGAAACUCUGCGCCGCGGCCAGACGGUGGAGCUCAUGUGCCGGAGUCGCGGCGGCAAUCCGCCCGCCCAGCUCAUCUGGUACAAGAACGGAUCCCAGAUACGCAUGGCCUAUAGAACCUCAGGCCGAUUGUCCGAGAACAUCUAUACCUUCACCGCCGAGGCGGGCGAUAACAAGGCGCGCUUUCGCUGCGAGGCGAGCAAUGUGAUGUCUCAGAAUGCACUGAAGGCGGAGGUGGAGCUAUCCGUGCUGUUUGCACCCACCCACGUCACCGUAAUGGGACCCACUGAGGCGCGCGUCGGCGAUAUUGUGCCGCUGACAUGCACCACCGCGCCAUCAAACCCGCCCGCCGAGAUCAAAUGGAUGGUGGGCGGGCGGCAGGUGCGCAACGCCACCUCAAAGACGAUUGUCAGUCCCGAGGGCGGCUGGACGACCACCUCGAACAUCACCGCCGUCGUGGAGCCCAACAAGCGCUCCCUGGUCGUCAUCUGUCACGGACUGAACAUGCAGCUGACCGAGAACGUCGUGUCCACCCACACGAUCAAUGUCCUUUAUCCGCCUGCUCCACCAUUAAUAUCUGGCUAUAUGGAGGGACAAAUUAUCCCAGCUGGAUCGGUGCAAAAACUGCUCUGCGUUUCAUCAGGCGGCAAUCCGCUGGCGACGCUUACAUGGUACAAAAACGACAAAAGGAUAAACUCGGUCAUACGGGCGGCGGACAAAUCGGUCUCGGCCGAAAUCACCAUUCUGGCCAAUGUGUCCGACAACCAGGCCCAGUACCGAUGCGAGGCCUCCAACAGCGCCACCGAGAUCCCGCUCUUCCAGUCCACCACGCUCAGCGUCCACUUUGCCCCGGAGACGGUCAAAAUACGCAUUGAACCGGAAGAACUGCGACCUGGCAUGGAGGCAACUAUCAUCUGUGACUCCAGCUCCAGCAAUCCGCCGGCGAAGCUGUCCUGGUGGAAGGACGGCAUACCCAUCGAAGGCAUUAAUAACACGUCCAAGCCGGGUCUCUGGGGCGGCACGGUCUCCACGCUGGAGUUCAGGGUGAACGUCACACAGGAAAUGAACGGCCAGGUCUACACCUGCCAGAGCGCCAACGAGGCUCUUCAGCGGAGCGCCCACGAGGCGGUCAGCCUGGAUGUCCUGUAUCGACCCAAGUUCGUGCCACCGCCCUCGUCGACGGCGGUGGGCGUGGAGGGCGAAUCGCUGCAGGUGUCGCUACAAACUCGGGCCAAUCCCACGCCAGUGAUCUAUAAGUGGACCAAGGAUGGAAGCACAAUACCGCAGGACGGCGAGCAUCGCAUCUUUGCGGAUGGCGGAAGCCUGAACUUCACACGCCUGCAUCGGGAUGAUGCGGGAAUCUACUCCUGCAGCGCCUCCAACUCGCAGGGAGGAGCCACCCUCAACAUCACAGUCGUGGUGGAAUACGGAACCACCAUCAAGUCAGUGUCUGAGAACAUAGUCGUUAAUCCCGGCGAGGAUGCAAUGCUCUCGUGCACCGUGGAGGGCAAACCGCUGACCGAGGAGCACGUAAAGUGGGAGCGAGUGGGCUACGACAUGACCGUGAAAACAUCGACCACCUUCGCGAACGGCACCUCCUACCUCCAUAUCAAGGACGCGAAGCGAGAGGAUGUGGGCAACUUCCGGUGCGUGGCCGACAAUCGUGUGGACAAUCCAACCAACCGCGAUAUCCUUCUGAUUGUCAAGUUUGCGCCUGAAAUCGCCAAGGCUCCCACGCUCCUGCGGGCUGCCAGUGGAACAGGAGAACGUGGUCGCUUGCCCUGCCGGGCGCAGGGCUCUCCCAAGCCGCAGUUCAUCUGGCGGCAGGACAAGAAGGACCUGCCCAUUAACCGCACAUACAAGUACGAGGUGGAGGAGCGCAAGAUUGACUCCCUGACCUACGAGUCCACCCUCAUCGUGGACAAAGUGGCGCCUGCCGACUACGGGGCGUAUGAUUGCGUGGCCAGGAACGAAUUGGGGGAGGCGGUAGAGACAGUGCGCCUGGAGAUCACCUCGCAGCCUGACCCACCCCUCAGCCUGAAUAUCCUGAACGUCACCCACGACACGGUCACUGUGGCCUGGACUCCGGGAUUCGAUGGGGGCCUUAAGGCCUCUUACCGAGUGCGUUUUAGGAUGGCCGACCGCGAGCAGUACAAAUACAUCGACGGACUGCCCAACAGCCACAAGCUGACCAUCGGCGGGCUGCGCAUGAAUACACUCUACCUGUUCUCGGUGAUGUCCUGGAACGAGCUGGGCCAGAGCUCCUACCUGCCGGAUUUGGCGCGGGCGGAGACCAAAGAAGCCCCGCCCCCUUCGCAUCCGGCCUCGUCGCUGGGAGGCGGACCGCCGACCACCAGCCAGACGCCGCUGGGCGGCACAUCGGGCAUGCUCCUGGUGGGCGUGGGCGCCGGCAUCGUCGUUGUCCUGCUCAACGUGUUUGUCAUCGGCUGCUGUCUGCACAAACGGAACGAGAAGCGCCUCAAGCGAGGACUUGAACUGAUGCCAGCCGAGUUAACCGAGGACUCCAGCAACACACCGAAUCUGGUCAUAAUUGGCAUCUCUCUGGCGGCAUUUGGCUUCCUCCUGGUCAACGCGUCGCUGGUUGCCUGGUUCUUUGUGCAUCAGCGCCGCAAGAAAGUGGCGGAAACUACAAAUCAACCGGCAAAAACGGCAACCAUCGAGAUGUACGCGCCCAGUUCGUAUAAUGACACCGUCACCGGCGAGACGCUGUCCAGCGUUUCGGAGAAGAGCGAGUCCUACUCCAAUGAGGGCAGCAGCCAGCCGGAAUAUAUUGACGAGGCGCGCAAGAAGGCGGCGUCCACGUAUCUCGUCGAGGGCUCGGAUAUGCCGCCUCCCAGAUAUCAAAAGGAUGGCACCCUGCCAGUCAUCUAUCCGAAUAAUAUUGUGAACGCCUGUACACUGCCGCAUCCCAGGCACAAUAAUGGCAGCGCCGCCAUCCACAUGACCCGGGAUGAUCAGAUGCUAAUCAGCAAGGGCGUUUAUAUUCCGUCCCCGUCGCCGGCGCCUCCGCCAGAUGGGUCCUACUACAACAUGAACAGUGACAGAUACUUGUCCUAUCCGCCAAUGGAAUACCCAGCAGCCCUGGACUUCACCGCCCAACCGAUGGCCAUGGCGCACCUGCAACCCAUGACGGUGACCUCGCUGGCCACCAAUGGAGGCCCCACGCUCAUCGGCAACGGAUCGGUGGCAGCGGUCGCCGGCGGUUCAGGCACCUUGCGGCGGGGGAUUCUUCGCGGGGUCGUGGGCGUGCCUCAGCCUGAUGUGACUCACCACACGUCGACGGUGGGCAGCAGUCCGAUGCAGAUGCUGCACGACCUGCACCCUGUGAACCUCAGCGCCUCGACGCUCACCACCAGCACCACCCUGAAUGGCAGUCUGCCGACGGCCACCGCCACUCUGCCACGCCAGCCUCACGGAAUCCUCAAGGAUCCCAAUCGCAACAAGCAGCAGCAUCAGCAUCAGCAGCAGCUGCUCAAUGCCAGCCUGGUGGGCGUGGGAGUGCCGGUGUCGGCGCCCCUGGGCAGCCUGCAGAUCCUCAACCUGCCGCCGGCAAGCGGCGGCCUGGGCAACAACUUGCUAAUGACCACCAGCGCCUUCGACCCGACGGCGGUGGGCAUGAGCAGCUUCGGGGCAGUAAGCCAGGCCGGCGGCAUCCCGGUGACCUACACAGAUGCGGACGGGCACCUCGUAUAGCUGUAGGCUGGAACUGGGGCCAUCAUCAACAGCAGCAGCAGUAGCACCACCAGCUGCAGCACCACCGUGCGGAUCCUCUCCGGCAGUGAGCCCCGGUUCUGAGCAACCAAGUCGUCCUAGACACCCCCCAACAACAGCAUACUCGUGUCUGUAUCCAACCUACUCGCCAGGAUGUAGCUAGCGUAGGAGCUUUCUCUUCGGCUCUCUUCUCGGUCCGCCUAAUUUCCCCUGUCCGGCAGCCACAUCCACUUGCCAUUACCUUAUUCAAAUCAGCCAGCGAAUUAGUUUAUGUAAAUUUCCACCCAGUUCUUACGGCUUCCCGUCAAUGUGGGUGUUUAUUUAGAUAAGGAUUCCGAGGAGGCACCGCCACUGUGGGGGUGAGCAUAAUUUCGCAGAGAGUUUUACUAAUUAGCCGGCAGCAGGAGCAGCCAAAGCAGCCAAAGCAGGCGAAAAUAAUUUGAAAUUUCCUUGGGUGGAAAACGCGAAACGGUCCAGAUCCGUUUGACAGCUCCCAGGGGCGUGCUUUGGCUCAAGUCGGCUGGGCACGUGAUUGCCCUGGACGGCGCCGGCGGCCAUGGUCGUCGAAAGUUGAAGGUUGACAGCCGCUAGCUGCCCGGCAACCCCAACCCCAACCCCAGCCACAUCACAAUCCCCAUCUCCAUCCCCAGAUCCAGAUCCCGAGAUGCGAGUGCUAGAUUCGCCACCUCCCCUCAAAUGGGGCAGAUGGAAAAUCUGAGCGCGGAAUGGGAACGGGGCGCAGUGUCGCAACCACAGUGGAGCCUACUUAACUUAAACACUUUAGGAGCGGGAAAGUUUAAUUGCAUAAAUGUGAGUUUAUUACAUUUCUUAUUGCCCCAAAUGGGGUUUAGUUUCUCUUUAAAUAUUCGAUGAAUUUCAUAUAAUUUAAAACUGGAGGGGAGAAUAGCACUUUGGCCCUAUUAAACAGGGGAAAAGGAUUCGCAACUGUUUGCUAAGAAACCCGAGGAAGUCUUUAAGGAGCAGUAUUUUCGCACUAUUGGUGAAUGUAAGCUUCGAAAAACCAAAGCACUCGCAAGGUUACGCCAUGGAAUUUAAGUUCUCCUAUUAUGCGCAUAUCGCAAAGAUAUAGAUGAAAGGCGGCCACGCCCAUGGAGCCAUUGCAUGCAGAAGCUGGCUGUAUCUCUAUUCUAUACAACUGGCAUUCGAGUGGCACUGCCGCCCAUAAACAGUUUUCAUUUGCCACUCGUCGCAGCUCAGCGAGCGUGACAUACCAAUCCUGGCCUGCGUUGCCAUUAGCUCUUCCAGUUCGAGACCAGAGGAGUCCCGAAAUCCCAAGGACACUCGGCGCUGCGCACGCCCUCCAUAUCCGCCCCCUAUAUCCUCAGCCACAUCCGUAUCUUUGACUUUGUAGCCAAGUUCUUGAGAUCCUCGAGCGCAGUGCAUAAUUGCCAGCAGCAUUGUGUGGAUUUUAAUAUUCAUUUGGCUGUAAUUGCUGGAUUCGGGCGGGAUCACGGGGAGUGCACUAUUGCAGCUGCUAGCUCUCAGUGGAUUAUCGCAAAUGAAUAAAUGCCCUGAUUUCGGGCAUAGAUAGCAGGAAGCAGGAAGCAGGAUACAAAGAAUGGAGGAGCAGGAGGGCCUUGUGCCAACACACAGUGUGUAAUUAAAAGUGAAAUUAUCUUUGAAAUUAACUCACGCGUAGACAAAGACGAAGGCAAUGGUGAAGAGGAUGGGUAAGGAAGAAAAAUGCGCGGAAAACUGAGGAUGAAAUUAAGAAUGAAGAAGGGGCAACUUUGUGUGAAGACACACAUGGGUGUGUGUUCUGCUGUGGGGUUUUCCGCUAUUGAGUAAUGGCGAUGGCAGUGGCCAGAUAAAAGUUAAAUGAACGGGAAAAUAAGGAGCAUUAUAGUCGGAGUCUGGCGAAACCUGUUGUGUUCCUUGGAAAGUGUGCUGGAGGACGGAAGGUGGCCAAAGGACAGGGGCAGCAAGGAACCUCUCUCUAUACCGAUAUGUGAAUGUAUAGCUUGUGCUGAACUCUACGAGCAGUGCUGCCAAAUUGCAUUAAUAAUUAGCAUUUAACUGGUAGUCCUAAGUAGCUAAGCCGAAACAAUUUCGAAUCACUACUCAAUCAGCAAGCCAAAAUCUUCAAAUUGUACAAUACCACAGGGCGGAAGCCGAAUAGCAAGGAUGCCGAUUAGAAAUAAAUAAUUAACGAUUAAAAGGACAAAUGCAGGUAUAUCGAUACAAACACACGGAGAGUCAUUGCAAUUCAUAGAUGUAAAACGUAGCGUACAAUUUCGCAUCUCUUUAAUCUUAGAUCCUAUCCCAGCAUACCCUCUAAAAGAAUGGAGCUUGGCAGGGAAUUCCCCACAUAUACAUAGGAAUAACCGACUCGUUGUUUUCUUAGGGAUAACUAUUGAUUGCACUCGAACUAAAUACUCCACGAGGGAACUGUGUCCUCACAAAUCUUGUAUGUCUUCCCCAGCUUAUCCUGACCACUGUUGAUUGUCUUUGGUUCGAUACGAAAUACGUAUUAAUAGUUACACAUACUUUAGUUUAGACCUAUGGCACUUAUCGGGGAAGUAAAUAAGACUUAUUGUAGAUAAUUACGUUUAAAACAAUUAACAAACACGAAAUAAAGUUGUUCAAUUUGUAUUUUUGCCAAAGAGAUAUUUGUUAAACAAAGAGCCGAUAACUUGCAGCUAGAUUAUGAGUGUGCUUGUUUCACUUCGCUGUGUUUAAUUGUUGUACGAUUAAAUUAUAGUCUCUAUGCAUAUGCUUCAUUUUGGUAAUCCCCUCAUACGACCCUAACGUUAACGUAGCUUAAUUGGAGCAGCGGCUGAUGGCGAUGACACACAAGACUUGAAAACCGAACCUAGGCUAAUCUUAAAUGUUAAAUGCUAAUGGAAACCGAAAUCGAACACGAAAUAUAAACUUAUGCGACUAAGUGUGUAGGUGUGCGUGUGUAUAGAGCGAAUUAUUUGCCAGUGGAUGUGAAUGUUUUUAUUACACUAACUGAGUUAUGUAUUUUAUGUAGUCUGUAUGGGUAUAUCUAUAACUACAAUUAACUGAAUGCAUUGUACAGCAGUCGAGGGGAAAACAAUAAUUAACAAGGCGUAAGUUCAUUCGAAACAAAAACGAAUAUAAAUUAAACGCAUAGUUCAUGAACUCAAAGCAUAAGCCGCCACUCAGAAAACUGUAUAAAAUGAGAACAAGUUCUUUCGAAAAAAAUGAUUGAAAACUAUGGAAAUAAUGCAUAUGAAACCUACUGCAUUUUUAAAAAAGAUCUGUUAACAAA